AUGUUAGAGGAGAGCGGCGACAGUGACGGUGCGGGUGUUGCAGGUGCUGCGGGCGAGGAGGCGCUGGUGCGGCUGGGCGGGCUGUCGUGGGAGCAGUGGUCGGCGCGCCUGGCGCUGCCGCUGGCGGGAGGGGGGCCGGGCGCGCGCGUGCCGCCCUCGCCCUCCCUCGGCGAGCCCAGCUUCACGUGCCCGGACUGCGGCCGCGUGUACAAGCUCAAGUCGUCGCUGCGCAACCACCAGAAGUGGGAGUGCGGCAAGGAGCCCCAGUUCCAGUGCCCGUACUGCGUGUACCGCGCCAAGCAGAAGAUGCACAUCGCGCGCCACAUGGAGCGCAUGCACCGCGAGGUGCACCUCAAGCCGGAGCAGUACAUCAAGCAGGACAACGUGGACGCCUGCACGUAG